CGCCGGAAAAUUGAGGAGGAGGAGUGAUGGAGGAAUCAUCGUCAUCGUCAUGGUCGUCGUCUUCGGCGGACUCGAUGGCGAUCCUUCUGGAAGACUUCGGGCAAAAGGUUGACCUGACUCGCCGGAUCCGCGAGGUGCUCCUGAACUACCCGGAGGGGACAACGGUGAUGAAGGAGCUCAUCCAGAACGCCGACGACGCCGGCGCCACCAAGGUUUGUCUCUGCUUGGAUCGCCGCGUCCACGGCUCCGAGUCUCUGCUCUCGCCGACGCUGGCGCAGUGGCAGGGACCCGCGCUCUUGGCCUACAACGACGCUGUUUUUACGGAGGACGAUUUCGUCAGUAUUUCGAGGAUCGGUGGUAGUAGCAAGCACGGCCAAGCAUGGAAAACCGGCCGGUUUGGGGUUGGCUUCAACUCGGUGUACCAUUUAACAGAUUUGCCUUCAUUUGUGAGUGGAAAAUAUGUCGUAUUAUUUGAUCCUCAGAGUAUUUAUCUUCCCAAAGUUUCUGCAUCCAAUCCCGGCAAACGAAUUGACUAUGUUAGUUCUUCAGCCAUCUCAGUAUACAGAGAUCAGUUUUUUCCAUAUUGUGCUUUUGGUUGUGACAUGACAAGUCCUUUUGCUGGAACUCUAUUCCGUUUUCCUCUGAGGAAUGAAGAUCAGGCAUCCAGAAGUAAGCUCUCGAGGCAAGCGUAUUUGGAGGACGACAUUUCUUCCAUGUUUAUGCAGCUUUAUGAUGAAGGAGUAUUCACAUUACUCUUUCUAAAGAGUGUAUUAUGUGUUGAAAUGUAUGUAUGGGAAGCCGAGGAAUCUCAACCUAGGAAGCUUUAUUCAUGCUCUGUGAGUUCAGCAAAUCAUGACAUUGUUUGGCAUCGGCAAGCAGUAUUGAGGUUGUCAAAGUCGGUAAUUUCAAAAGAUACUGAGAUGGACUGCUAUUCAUUGAACUUCUUGAGGGAGGCAGCAGUAGGGUACCAUUCUGAGAAGAAGACAGAUUCUUUUUAUAUUGUACAGACAAUGGCAUCAACAUCCAGCAGGAUCGGUUUGUUUGCUGCUACUGCUUCUAAAGAAUAUGAUAUUCACUUGCUCCCAUGGGCAUCAGUUGCAGCUUGCACAUCGAAUAAUUCAUUGCAUAGUGAUGCUCUUAAGGUUGGCCAGGCAUUCUGUUUCCUUCCUUUGCCUCUAAGAACUGGUUUAUCUGUGCAAGUUAAUGGAUAUUUCGAGGUCUCAUCAAAUCGUCGUGGCAUUUGGUAUGGAGAUGACAUGGACAGAAGUGGAAAAAUUCGUUCUAUCUGGAACAGGCUCCUUUUAGAAGAUGUUGUGGCUCCAAGUUUUAGGCAACUUCUUCUUGGUGUACAAGGAUCGCUAGAGUCAAAAAGUUUUUAUUACUCUUUAUGGCCUUGUGGAUCUUUUGAAGAGCCGUGGAACAUUUUGGUUGAGCAAAUUUACAAAAAUAUUUCUGAUGCACCUGUACUGUAUACAGAUCUUGAGGGUGGGAAAUGGGUAUCACCAAUUGAAGCUUUUCUUCACGAUGAAGAAUUUUUGAAAAGUAAGGAGCUAGGUGAGGCUCUGACGCAGCUAGGAAUGCCUAUUGUGCAUCUGCCCACCUCUUUAUCUAACAUGCUCCUAAAAUUUGCUUAUACAUCUCAACCAAAGGUGGUAACACCUGAUACAGUACGUCAUUUUCUCAGAGAGUGCAAAUCUCUUUCGGCUUUGGGAAAAUCUUACAAGCUUGUACUGUUGGAAUAUUGUCUUGAAGACUUGAUUGACAUAGAUGUUGGUGAACACGCAUGUAACCUACUUCUGCUUCCACUGGCAAAUGGUGAUUUUGGAUUAUUCUCUGAAGCCUCAAAGGGAAGUUCUUACUUUAUCUGCAAUGAAUUAGAAUACAAGCUGCUUCCACGAAUACAUGACAGAGUUAUUGAUAUGAAUAUUCCUCAUAACAUACUGAGUCGACUUUCUGCUAUUGCAAAGUCCUCCAAGUCAAAUCUUGUUAUUUUCAAUGUUCAUUACUUACUUCAGUUUUUUUCAAGAUUUGCCCCUGCUGAAUGGAAGUAUAAGAACAAAGUGUCCUGGGACCUGGAGUCUUGUAAUCAUCCUACUUCAGCAUGGGUAAUGCUAUUUUGGCAAUAUCUCAGAAAUCAUUGUGAAAAACUGUCAUUGUUCAGUGAUUGGCCCAUCUUGCCUUCCAUAUCCGGGCAUCUUUACAGAGCCUCUAGACAAUCAAAAAUGGUCAAUGCUGAAAAGCUCCCUUACAAGAUACGUGAUAUACUGAUUAAAGUUGGAUGCAAGAUACUUAAUCCUAGUUAUGGAAUUGAGCACUCAGAUUUAUCACAUUAUGUAAGUGAUGUUAAUGGUGCAAGCAUUCUGGAGUCUAUAUAUGAUGUUUUCACCUCAAAUGGCGGUAUGCUUUCAACAUUUUUGGGCAAUUUGGAAGCAGAAGAGAGGGAUGAACUACGUGUAUUUCUCCUUGAUCCAAAGUGGUAUAUUGGCGACUUUAUGAAUGAGUCUAACAUAAGAAAUUGCAAAAGGCUUCCUAUUUAUAAAGUUUAUGCUGGGGGAUCUAAUCCAGAUUUCCACUUUUCCGAUCUUCAAAGUACACAGAAGUAUAUACCUCCAUUUGACAUCCCUGAGUGCUUUUUGGGGAAUGACUUCAUUAUUAGCUCUUCAGAUAGCGAGCAAGAUAUUCUGUUGAGAUAUUAUGGCAUUCAGAGAAUGGGGAAGGCGUGUUUCUACAAGCAAUAUGUCUUAAAUAGAAUUCCGGAGUUGCAACCAGAAGUUCGUGACCACAUCAUCGUUUCUAUUUUGCAAAGCCUACCACAAUUGUGCAUUGAAGACAUAUCUUUCAAGGAGUCUCUGAGAAACUUGGAAUUUGUCCCAACCUUGAGUGGUGUUCUUAGGUGUCCUUCUAUGUUGUAUGAUCCUCGUAAUGAAGAACUCUAUGCAUUAUUAGAAGAUUCUGGGAGUUUUCCUCGUGGUCUUUUCCAAGAAUCUCGCAUUUUGGACAUGCUACAAGGUUUGGGCCUCAGAACAUCAGUAUCCCCCGAGGCUGUCAUAGAAAGUGCUCGACAAGUGGAACGGUUAAUGCGUGAGGAUCAACAAAGGGCUCAUUCAAAAGGCCAGGUGCUUCUGUCCUACUUGGAAGUUAAUGCAAGAAAGUGGAUGCCUGAUCCAUUGGAUGUUGAACAAGGAAAAAUGAACAAAAUGUUCUCACGAGCUGUUACCGUAUUCAGACCUAGCAACUUAAAAUCUGAUCUCGAGAAGUUUUGGAGUGAUUUACGGUUGAUCUGCUGGUGCCCAGUAUUAAUUUAUGCUCCAUUUCAAGGUCUACCGUGGCCGGUUGUCUCAUCCAUGGUUGCUCCUCCAAAGCUUGUAAGACUGCAAACAGAUCUGUGGCUUGUUUCAGGGAGUAUGCGAAUACUCGAUGGAGAAUGCUCGUCCACAGCAUUAUCAUACAGCCUGGGAUGGUCAUCUCCACCAGGUGGAAGUGUGAUUGCUGCUCAGCUACUUGAGCUUGGCAAAAACAAUGAGAUUGUGAAUGAUCAGGUGCUACGCCAGGAAUUAGCCUUGGCAAUGCCAAGGAUAUACUCAAUACUGACAAGCUUGAUUGGUUCAGAUGAGAUGGACAUUGUAAAGGCUAUUCUUGAAGGUUGUCGAUGGAUUUGGGUUGGUGAUGGAUUUGCAAUUGCAGAUGAGGUUGUCCUGGAUGGCCCUCUCCAUUUGGCCCCUUAUAUACGUGUUAUACCAAUUGAUUUAGCAGUUUUCAAGGAAUUAUUUUUAGAACUUGGCAUCCGAGAAUUCUUGAAGCCCACAGAUUAUAGUGAUAUUUUGUUUAGAAUGGCCAUGAAGAAAGGUUCCUCUCCUCUUAAUGCACAGGAACUUAGGGCAGCCAUAUUGAUUGUGCAGCAUCUGGCUGAAGUUCCAUUGCACGAACAAAAAGUAAAGCUUUAUUUACCUGAUGUAUCGGGCACAUUUUAUCCUGCAAGCGACUUGGUUUAUAAUGAUGCACCUUGGUUGCUUGGCUCAGAGGAUCCCGGUAACCUUUUUAAUGUCACUCCUAAUGUGACCUUGAAUGCAAGGAAAACAGUUCAUAAAUUUGUGCAUGGGAACAUAUCAAAUAAUGUUGCAGAAAAGCUUGGCGUCUGCUCUCUUCGCAGGAUUUUAUUAGCUGAGAGUGCUGAUUCAAUGAAUCUGAGUUUAUCUGGAGCUGCAGAAGCUUUUGGACAACAUGAAGCCUUGACAACUAGGCUCAAACAUAUACUUGAAAUGUAUGCAGAUGGCCCUGGGAUUCUGUAUGAACUUGUGCAGAACGCAGAGGAUGCAGGUGCUUCUGAAGUGAUCUUUCUGUUGGAUAAAACUCAAUAUGGGACUUCUUCUCUUCUUUCUCCUGAAAUGGCAGAUUGGCAAGGCCCUGCAUUGUACUGCUUCAAUGAUUCCGUUUUCACUCCCCAAGACCUUUACGCAAUCUCACGUAUUGGCCAAGAAAGUAAACUAGAGAAGCCUUUUGCAAUUGGAAGAUUUGGUCUAGGUUUUAAUUGUGUCUAUCAUUUUACAGACGUCCCCACAUUUGUUUCUGGUGAAAACAUUGUUAUGUUUGAUCCUCAUGCUUGUCAUUUGCCUGGGAUCUCUCCGUCUCAUCCUGGGCUACGAAUUAAAUUUGUGGGCAGAAGGAUUUUGGACCAAUUUCCUGACCAAUUUUCUCCCUUCUUACACUUUGGAUGUGACUUGCAGCAUGAAUUUCCUGGAACCCUUUUUCGGUUUCCACUUAGGACUGUGAGUGUUGCUUCUAGAAGUCAAAUAAAGAAAGAAGGAUACGCACCUGAAGAUGUUAUUUCUCUCUUUGAUUCUUUUUCCCAGGUUGUUUCCGAGGCCCUACUUUUUCUACGCAAUGUGAAAACUAUAUCCGUUUUUGUCAAGGAAGGAACUGGACAUGAGAUGCAACUCCUACAUCGUGCUCGUAAGCAUUGCAUCAGUGAUCCUCAAAUGGAAUCUAAUUCCCUGCAAAGUAUGUUUAGCUUUUUCGAUGGACGGCAACAUGGUGGAAUGGAUAAAGAUCAAUUUGUACAGAAAAUGAACCAAUUAAUAAUAGAUGGGGACUUGCCAUAUAAAUGUCAGAAGAUUGUAAUAACAGAGGAAAGCUCAUUUGGCAAUUUAUCACACUGUUGGAUAACCUCUGAAUGUGUAGGUAGAGGGCAAACUAAGAAAAAGUCUGCAAUGUCAAAUGAAAAAUCUCACGCUUUUAUUCCUUGGGCAUGUGUUGCUGCAUAUUUUCAAUCUGUCAAGGUUGAUAGAGAAUUGAGUGAUAGUAUGAAGAUGGAAGAUGAAAGUAGAAUUGCUUCUGAGUUGUUUAAAAUUCCAACAGAUUCAAUUCAAGAUAGGAAGGAUUUUGAAGGCCGUGCCUUUUGCUUUCUGCCUCUGCCAAUUAAUACUGGUCUUCCAGCACAUGUUAAUGCAUAUUUUGAAUUGUCAUCAAAUAGGAGAGACAUCUGGUUCGGUAAUGACAUGGCAGGGGGUGGCAAAAAACGAUCAGACUGGAAUAUUUAUUUGCUGGAAGAUGUUGUGGCCCCAGCUUAUGGCCGUAUGCUAGAGAAAAUUGCAUUGGAACUUGGUCCAUGUGAUUUGUUCUUUUCAUUUUGGCCUCAGACAAGAGGAUUACAACCUUGGGCAUCAGUAGUGAGAAAACUCUACAUAUUCAUUGCAGACUUGGGUCUACGUGUACUAUACACAAAAGCUAGAGGGGGUCAGUGGAUUUCGACCAAACAAGCCAUAUUUCCUGAUUUUAUGUUUAGCAAGGCUCGUGAGCUUGUUGAGGUACUUUCAGACGCUGGUCUACCACUUGUUACUGUUUCCGAGCCAAUUGUUGAACGAUUUAUGGAUGUGUGUCCAUCGUUGCAUUUUUUGACACCUCAAUUAUUAAGAACGUUGCUGAUUCGAAGACGGCGUGGAUUCAAGGACAGAAAUGCAAUGAUCUUGACCCUUGAAUAUUGCUUGCUUGACUUGAAAAUGCCCAUUCAACCUACUUGUCUGCAUGGUUUACCUUUGCUUCCUCUUGCCGAUGGUUCAUUUACAUUGUUUGAGAAGAAUGGAACAGGUGAAAGAAUAUAUAUUGCCCAAGGAGAUGAGUAUGCUCUGCUCAAAGUUUCAGUUCCUAAUCAACUUGUAGAUAGCGCGAUUCCAGAAGGAGUUCAUGAAAAGCUUUGUGACAUAGCACAGAGUGGAGACUCAAAUAUCUCCUUUUUAUCAUGUCGUUUACUUGAAAAACUUCUUUUCAAGUUACUGCCAGCAGAGUGGCAACAUGCCAAACAAGUGAUUUGGGUUCCGAGUCAUCAAGGUCAACCAAGUUUGGAAUGGUUAAGACUUCUAUGGGGCUAUCUCAAGUCUUCUUGCGCUGAUCUGUCCCUUUUUUCCAAGUGGCCUUUAUUACCGGUUGGAAAUAAUUGUCUCAUGCAACUAGUGGAAAAUUCACGUGUGAUUAGAGAUGGUGGGUGGAGUGAGAACAUGUCUUCUUUAUUGCUGAAAAUAGGAUGUCUUUUCUUGAGUCCUGACAUCCCAGUAGACCAUCCACAAUUGGGAAAAUUUAUUCAGCCGCCAACAGCAACUGGCAUAUUAAAUGCACUUCUUGCAAUUGCUGGUAAGCCAGAGAACAUUGAGGGCCUUUUCGACAAUGCAUCCGAAGGUGAGCUGCAUGAGCUUCGUAGUUUCAUUCUCCAGUCUAAAUGGUUUUCGGAAGGGCAAAUUGAAAAGGUACAUAUUGACAUCGUCAAGCACCUCCCUGUGUUUGAAUUGUACAGAAGUAGAAAGCUAGCAAGUUUGAGUAAUCCUAUCAAGCGGCUCAAACCUAAUGGUGUUCGUGAGGAUCUGUUAGAUGAUGAUUUUGUACGCACAGAUUCAGAGAGAGAAAGUAGUAUUUUGAGAACAUAUUUAGAGAUUGGAGAACCCUCCAAGGUGGAAUUUUAUAAUAAUCAUGUGUUAAACUGCAUGUCAAAAUUCCUUCCGCAGCAGGAAGUCCUUUCAGCCAUUUUGCUUGACUUGAAGCUUCUCGUUGAAGAGGAUAAUUCUGUAAAGUCUGAUCUUUCCACUGUAGCUUUCGUUUUAGCCGCUGAUGGAUCCUGGCAGCAGCCAUCCAGGCUCUAUGAUCCUCGUGUACCUGAGCUACAAGCCGUGCUACAUAGAGAAGUUUUUUUUCCUUCUGAUGAGUUCUCAGAUAACGAAACUCUAGAGGCUUUACUUAGUUUUGGACUCAGAAGAACUCUUGGCUUUACUGGAUUGCUCGACUGUGCCAAAUCCGUUUCUCUACUCCAGGAUGCUGGCCAAUCUGAGACACUAAAUUAUGGGAGGAAGUUACUAGUCCUUUUGGAUGCCUUGUCACUGAAGCUGUCAAAUCAGGAAGAAGGAAAUUGCAAUGAAUCAAAUAGGGACACGUUACUUGAGAACGCUAGUACUGAGAAAGAGGUGGUGCAUCUUGAGUCUCCCAAGAGAGAGGAGAACUAUCCUGUAGAUGUUUCAGACAUUAAUCCAUUUAUUGGAGACUUUCUUGAUGAUAAAACUGAAGAAGUAUUUUGGUCCAAAAUGAGAGAAAUUGCGUGGUGUCCUGUUUGUAGUGAUCCACCUCUAAAAGGACUGCCAUGGUUGAAAUCCAGUCAGCAAGUAGCACCACCAAGCCUUGUGAGACUCAAGUCAGAUAUGUGGUUAGUGUCCCAUUCAAUGCAUAUACUAGAUGGCGAAUGCUGCUCAGUGUACCUAAAACGUAAACUCGGUUGGAUGGAUCAGAUUAAACUAACUUUUUUGUUCACUCAGUUGAUUGAGCUCUGCACGUUUUAUGGCCAAAUCAAGUCAUCUUCAGCUGAACGAGCUGUUGUUGAUGCUGCAUUACAAAAGGGAAUUCCAUUGCUAUAUUUGAAGAUGCAGGAAUAUGUUGGAACCAAUGAAUUGAUGGAGCUUAAAUCAGCACUACAUGGUGUUUCUUGGAUUUGGAUUGGGGAUGAUUUUGUAGCCCCAAAUGCACUUGCUUUUGAUUCCCCUGUGAAAUUCUCGCCAUAUUUGUAUGUUGUUCCAUCUGAAUUAUCAGAAUUCAGGGAUUUACUCUUGGAGUUGGGUGUUAAACUUAGUUUUGAUAUUCAGGACUAUUUGCAUGUAUUACAUCGGUUACAAAAUGAUUUGAGAGGGUUUCCACUAUCGUCAGAUCAGUUAAGUUUUGUCCUCUGCGUCCUUGAAGCUAUAGCAGAUUGUUGUGCAGACUUAGAGAAGCCAUUGUCCGAGACUUCCACCAGCCCACUCUUAGUUCCAGUUUUUUCUGGAGUUUUGAUGCAUGUAGGGGAUGUUGUGUAUAAUGAUGCACCAUGGAUGGAAAAUAGCACUCCUGUCGGGAAACAAUUUCUUCAUUCAAGUAUCAACAAUGAUCUGGCAAAUAGGUUGGGAGUACAGUCACUCCGCUGCCUCUCUUUAGUAGAUGAAGAAAUGACUAAAGACCUGCCGUGCAUGGACUAUGCUAGAAUCAAUGAGCUAUUGGCCUUGCAUGGGGACAGUGAUCUUCUACUUUUUGAUCUACUUGAAUUGGCCGAUUGCUGCAAAGCCAAGAAGCUACACCUCAUCUUUGACAAGAGGACACAUCCUCGCCAGUCUUUACUGCAACAUAACUUGGGUGAAUUUCAAGGGCCUGCCCUCGUUGCUGUUCUGGAAGGGGCCAUCUUGAGCAGAGAGGAAGUAAGCAGUCUCCAGUUUUUACCUCCAUGGAGAUUACGAGGAAAUACUCUUAGUUAUGGUUUGGGUCUACUGAGCUGCUAUUCUGUAUGUAAUCUCUUGUCAAUGGUUUCUGGUGGCUUUUUUUAUGUCUUUGAUCCUUGUGGUUCCACAUUUGCUGUACCUCCAUCUCGUUCCCCUGCAGCAAAAGUAUUUUCCUUGACAGGUACUAAUUUGACUGAUCGGUUUCGUGAUCAAUUCAGUCCUAUGCUUCUUGGUCAAAAUACGUUAUGGUCAUCAGAUUCAACAAUUAUUCGUAUGCCUCUGUCAUCGGAUUGUUUAAAAGAUGAACUUGAGCUUGGUUUAAGAAGAAUUAAACAGAUAAAUGACAGAUUUUUGGAGCAAGGGUCUAGAACACUUCUAUUCCUAAAGUCAGUUAUGCAGGUUUCACUGUUGACAUGGGAGGAAGAGAGCCUGCGUCCGUGCGAAGAUUAUUCAGUUUGCAUCGACUCUUCAUCUGCUAUCAUGAGGAAUCCAUUUUCAGAAAAAAAAUGGAGGAAGUUCCAAAUAUCGAGGCUAUUUAGUAGUUCAAAUGCCGCGAUAAAAUUGCAUGUGAUAGAUGUGACCACAAAACAAGGUCAAGACAGAGUUGUUGAUCAGUGGCUUGUAGUGCUCACCUUGGGUUCUGGGCAAACCAGAAAUAUGGCUCUUGAUAGGCGGUAUCUGGCAUACAACCUAACACCUGUUGCUGGAGUUGCAGCUCAUAUAUCCCGAAAUGGCCAUCCUGCUGAUAUUUGUUUGAUGAGUUCCGUGAUGACCCCUCUCCCACUUUCUAAUGGCAUAAAAUUGCCGGUCACAGUGCUCGGUUAUUUCUUGGUUUGCCACAAUAAUGGUCGUCAUCUCUUUAAAGACCAUGAUCGAGAAGCUUCAAAAGAGGCAUGGACUGAUGCUGGAAAUCAAUUAGUUGAAGCUUGGAACACAGAGCUGAUGUCUUGUGUUUGUGAUUCCUACAUCGAGUUGGUUCUGGAAAUACAGAGGUUAAGAAGAGAACAAUCUAGUUCUGCAAUCGAGCCAAGUGCAGGACGUGCAGUUAGCCUCUUGUUGAAAGCCCAUGGUGAUCAAAUUUAUUCGUUUUGGCCAAGGACUUACGGGGAUGAUCCGUCCAGUCAAGUUGGUGAUGUCAGUAAUUUAGUUCCAAGAAAGGUUUCUAAAGCAGAUUGGGAGUGCUUAAUUGAACAAGUAGUAAAGCCUUUCUAUGCUCGUGUUGUUGACCUUCCACUAUGGCAGUUGUACUCGGGAAAUUUAGUCAAGGCUGAAGAAGGCAUGUUUCUUUCUCAACCUGGUAAUGGGGUGGGUGGUAAUCUUCUUCCAGCCACUGUUUGUGCCUUUGUAAAGGAGCACUACCCAGUGUUUUCGGUACCUUGGGAAUUGGUGACAGAAAUCCAAGCUGUGGGGAUUACAGUAAGAGAAGUGAAACCUAAAAUGGUUCGGGAUCUUCUACGAGUUUCUUCGACAUCUAUUGUUCUUCAAUCAGUUGAUACAUAUGUGGAUGUUCUUGAAUACUGCUUGUCUGAUAUUCAGAUUGGGGAAAUAUGCAAUUCAAUUAGAAACUCUUUCUCAGUUGACCACAAUAUUCAUAAUCUUCCUGCAUUGUCCACCCAAAAUGCAACAAGUUCAGGAGAUGCCAUUGAAAUGAUGACAAGUUUGGGGAAGGCCUUAUUUGAUUUUGGUCGGGGAGUUGUUGAGGAUAUUGGUAGAGCUGGAGGGCCCAUGGCUCAGAGGAGAACUGAUGCAGGUAGCAAUAACAGUAGAUAUGGAAAUUUAGACCAGAACCUUGUUUUAGUAGCCACUGAACUAAAAGGUUUACCGUGUCCAACUACUAUAAACCAUUUAACAAAGCUGGGGACUAAUGAACUUUGGAUUGGGAAUCAGGAGCAACAAAUACUGAUGAAACCUUUGGCUGCAAAGUUUAUUCACCCCAAGGUAUUGGAUAGAUCAAUCUUGGCUGACAUUUUCUCAAAUGGCGCAUUGCAAAUUUUAUUGAAGCUGCACAAUUUUACUCUUCAGUUACUGGCUUCUCAUAUGAGGGUAGUUUUUCAUGAAAAAUGGGUGAGUCAUGUAAUGGACUCGAAUGUUGCUCCUUGGUUUUCAUGGGAAAGUGCAUCAGGUUCAGGUGGUGAAGGGGGCCCUUCCUCUGAAUGGAUAAGACUUUUCUGGAAAAAUUUUAGUGGCUCUUCAGAAGACCUCUUACUGUUUUCAGACUGGCCAAUAAUUCCUGCUUUCCUCGGUAGACCAAUCCUAUGUCGUGUUAGGGAGCGUAACUUGGUUUUUGUUCCACCUGCUCUUCGCAAUUUGGACUCUGCAGAAGGUGCCUUGGAGACAGAUGCUUCAGGAAGUAGUUUGACUCCUGGCUCUGAAUCAGUUCAAGCUUUCAUUUCAGCUUUUGAAGAAGCCAAAAACAAAUACCCUUGGUUGUUAUCAUUGUUGAAUCAAUGCAACAUCCCAAUUUUCGAUAUAGCUUUCAUCGAUUGUGCUGCUCCGAGCAAUUGCUUACCAACUUCUGGCCAAUCUUUAGGGCAAGUUAUUGCUUCCAAGCUGGUUGCAGCUAAACAUGCUGGCUAUUUCCCUGAACUAACCUCUUUUGUUGCUUCUGAUCGAGAUGAACUUCUUGCACUUUUUGCCAAUGAUUUCUUGUCUAAUGGUUCCAAUUACACAAGUGAAGAACUCGAAGUUUUGCAUUCUCUUCCUAUAUAUAAAACAGUUGUGGGAUCGUACACAAGAUUGCAUGGCAAUGAUCACUGUAUGAUUUCUUCAAAUUCGUUUCUUAAACCUCAUGAUGAGCAUUGCCUUUCUUAUUCCACAGAUUCAACUGAAUUUUCAUUGCUUAUAGCCCUUGGAGUCUCCGAAUUGCAUGAUAAACAAAUCUUGCUUAGGUUUGGGUUGCCUGGGUUUGAAGAGAAACCUGAGUCUGAACGCGAGGAUAUACUGAUAUAUCUUUUUACAAAUUGGCAAGAUCUUCAACUAGAUUCUUCAUUAGUAGAAGCUCUGAAGGAAACUAAAUUUGUAAGGAAUGCUGAUGAAUUUUGUGCAGAUUUAUCAAAGCCCAAGGAAUUGUUUGAUCCUGUUGAUUCCUUACUGACAUCGGUUUUCUCUGGUGAGAGGAAAAGAUUUCCAGGAGAAAGGUUUACUAGAGAUGGUUGGCUCCACAUUUUAAGAAAAACUGGGCUCCGAACUGCAGCGGAAGCAGAUGUUAUACUUGAAUGUGCCAGAAGAAUGGAGUUCCUUGGAAAGGAAUGCAUGAAAUCUGGGGAUUUGGACGAUUUUGACAACUCAACAAGCUCGCAGACCGAAGUUUCAUUGGAGAUAUGGAAGUUAGCUGGUUCAGUUGUUGAAACGAUCUUAUCAAAUUUUGCUGUCCUAUAUGGCAAUAACUUCUGUAAUGUCCUUGGAAAGAUUGCAUGCAUACCCGCUGAAUUUGGCUUUCCAGAUGUUGGUGGCAGGAAAGGUGGCAAGAGAGUGCUCACUUCUUACAGUGAAGCUAUUCUGUCAAAGGAUUGGCCUCUGGCUUGGAGUUGUACUCCUAUUCUGUCGAGGAAAAAUUUUGUUCCUCCUCAAUACUCUUGGGGCUCACUCCACCUGAGGAGCCCCCCAGCUUUUUCUACAGUUCUAAAACAUUUGCAGAUUAUUGGAAAAAAUAGUGGUGAGGACACACUUGCGCACUGGCCAACUGCUUCAGGCAUGAUGACCAUUGAUGAAGGUUCUUGUGAAGUUCUGAAGUACCUGGAUCAGAUUUGGGCUUCCCUCUCUACUUCAGAUAUAAAAGAGUUGCAGAAAGUGCCUUUUGUUCCUGCUGCAAAUGGAACCCGCUUGGUGACUGCAAAUCUGCUUUUUGCACGUCUAUCAAUUAACUUAUCCCCGUUUGCUUUUGAACUUCCGGCCCUCUAUCUUCCUUUUGUGAAGAUUCUCAAAGAUUUGGGACUCCAGGAUGCGCUAUCAAUUGCUUCUGCCAAGGAUCUUCUUUUGAGUCUUCAGAAAGCUUGUGGAUAUCAACGGUUAAACCCAAAUGAGCUUCGUGCAGUAUUAGAAAUUUUGUUUUUCAUCUGCGAUGGUUCUGAUGGGACAAGUAUCUCUGUUGGGUCCCAUUGGAAAUCAGAAGCAAUAGUCCCGGAUGAUGGCUGCAGACUUGUUGAUGCAAGAUCCUGUGUAUAUGUUGAUUCUUAUGGCUCCCGAUUCGUCAAAUCCAUUGAAACUUCAAGGAUAAGGUUUAUUCACCCUGAUCUUCCUGAGAGAUUAUGUAUACUUCUGGGGAUUAAAAAGCUGUCUGAUGUAGUAAUUGAGGAAUUAGUUCAUGAGGAGCAUUUACAAACUUUGGAACAUAUUGGAUCAGUUCCGCUCUCAGCCAUCAGAGAAAAACUGUUGAGCAAAUCAUUUCAUGGUGCUGUUUGGACUGUUGUAAAUAGCAUGGCCAGUUACAUUCCUGCACUUAAGAACUUAAACCCGGGAAGCAUACAAAAUUGCUUAGAAGCUGUUGCGGAAAAAUUACUGUUUGUUAAGUGCCUUCAUACUCGUUUUGUGCUUCGUCCAAAGUCUAUAGAUAUUACCCAUGAAGUUAGGGAUUCUAUUAUUCCGGAGUGUAUUGCUGGAUGCCACCAUCAGAGACUUUAUUAUGUAAACUGGUCCAAAACCCGUGUUCUGGUUGCUGAACCACCCGCUUUUCUCUCAGUUUUUGAUGUUAUUGCAAAUGUUAUUAGCCAGGUUUUAGGUUCCCCGACUCCAUUACCUAUUGGAUCUUUAUUUGUCUGUCCUGGAGGCUCUGAAAAUGCAAUUGUUGAUAUUUUAAAACUUUGCUCUGACAAAAAAGAAAUGGAAACUUUGGUUGGAAGAAAUAGUCUGAUAGGGAAAGUAUUGCCCCAUGAUACUCGUCAAGUACAGUUUCAUCCAUUAAGACCAUUUUACGCUGGGGAAGUUGUGGCAUGGCGACCUCAAAACGGUGAAAAGCUCAAAUACGGUAGGGUUCCAGAGGACGUUAGACCAUCAGCAGGACAAGCACUGUACAGAUUCAAGGUGGAAACCUUACCUGGGGAAACACAAUUUCUUCUUUCUUCACAAGUUUUGUCAUUCAGAAGCACAUCAAUGGGCAGUGAGACUACAGUGGUGUUGGAUGAUGGUAACACAGUUAACAGUACGAAUAAUGCUGAAGUUCCAGAAACCUCAGCAAGAGCCAAAGCAAGAUCUUCCCAGCUGCAACCCGGUGCUGAGCUCCAAUAUGGCCGAGUCUCAGCUGCAGAACUGGUGCAAGCCGUAGAUGAGAUGCUUUCUGCAGUUGGAAUACAUAUGGAUGUAGAGAAGCAGUCCUUACUGCAAAAAACAGUGAUGCUACAAGAACAGCUAAAGGAGUCGCAGACAAUACUUUUACUUGAGCAGGAAAAAGCUGACGUGGCAGCAAAAGAAGCUGAAUCGGCAAAGGCAGCAUGGCUUUGUCGGGUGUGCUUGACUGCUGAAGUUGACAUUACAAUAGUUCCUUGCGGCCAUGUUCUUUGUAGGAGAUGCUCUUCAGCUGUUUCUAGGUGUCCAUUUUGUCGUCUACAGGUCUCAAAAACUAUGAGGAUUUUUCGGCCAUGAAAAAGGAGGUGUAACUAUAUAUAUAUAUAUAUAUAUAUUAUACUGAAAGCGGCGGAACAGUUGACUUAAAAUAUCCUUGGCCCAUGGGAUUUGUCAGAUUUCUGCAAGAAUUUUCUUUCAAAGUGUACAUGGCGGCUCCUCCAUUUGUUAUGUGCAUAGAAGAUGGAUUCAAAACGAAAAUAUAUGGAGAGAGAACAUGGUAAUUGGUAUUUUGUAUAUAUAUAUUUUUAAUCAUUUAAUGUAUAUAAAUUUAUCUUGCACAAUA